AUGGUAGAAGAUGGUACUCCAUAUCUUACAGGAAGUCUAGGUAUAUGUAUGACGUUUUUUCCUUCAAAAUCGUGCUCUUAAAAGAACAAAAUGGGUCGUUAUUCUCAUGAGCCGGUAAAUGCAAGCAAAUCGUGCAAAGCACGAGGAUCUAAUCUGCGAGUACAUUUUAAGAAUACACAUGAAACAGCACGUGCCAUUAAAAACAUGUCUUUGCGAAGAGCACAAAAAUAUUUGAAAAAUGUAAUUGAACAUAAAGAAUGUGUACCAUUCCGUAGAUUUAAUGGUGGUGUUGGUAGGUGUGCUCAAGCAAAACAGUUUGGUACUACUCAAGGUCGUUGGCCUAAGAAAUCAGCAGAAUUUUUACUUCAGUUAUUGAAAAAUGCUGAAAGUAAUGCUGAUGUUGAUGGGCUAGAUCUUGAUCGUCUUGUAAUUAAUCAUAUUCAAGUAAAUCAUGCUCCUUGUCUACGUAGAAGGACAUAUAGAGCUCAUGGUCGCAUUAAUCCUUAUAUGAGUUCACCAUGUCACAUUGAGGUAAUUUUGACUGAAAAAGAAGAUUUUGUAGUAAAAAGUCCAGAAGAAGAACCAUCAAAAAAGAAACUAAGUAAAAAGAAGCUUGCCAGGCAAAAGGAAAAAAUGAUGAGAGAAUAAUUUUUAAUAUUGAAUAUACCAUGAAGAAUAAAAAUUACUCUGCUUUGUUUAAUCUUUUUACAUCAUUUCUAUCCUUUUCUAUUAUAAGUUAUAAAUUGAAAUCUUGUAUAAUUUCUUUGUAAUAUAAAUUUAAAAUAAUAAUUUAAAGGAAUAAUGGAUUUACUUUACGAAGUAAAAAAUUUAAUUAAAUUUCUUUACUUUCUUUCAUUAUUACAUCGUUAUUUUACAUUUUAAAUGUCUUGUUACAAUUUAUGAUGUCCGUAUUUGGAGUACGAGUCAACGGCAAGAGAUAUAAAAGUACGUACCAAAAAUAUUACAAAUAUUUGAGAAAUGAAAUGUCUACAGUAUAAAUAACUGUAUAUUUUAUAUGCGUUAAUAAACAAAAAUUCAUACA